CUUUUGAGCACCUAGCAAUACCAAGGAAGGAACGAACAAAUAAAUAUUUUAAUCCACUAAGUUAUUUCAAAUCACAGUAGAAUGACGUCGAUGUCUAAGGAUUUAAAAAGUUUAUUCUCAUAUCAUUUAUUUGUCCACGCAACAUCAGGAAGUGCUGCCUCAUUAGUUGCUGUACUUGCUGUUUUUCCAUUCUUAACAAUUCUUCAGCGAAAACAGCUUGAUGAUUUGAAGACAGUUAAGCAUUUAAAUGCUCUGGAACUCAUUUUAUACAUAAUAAAAAGGGAAGGGUUACCAUCUCUAUAUCGUGGGUUGAUUUCUGUUAUGCAAAGCAGUUGUAUAUCAAACUUCGUCUACUUCUAUGUCUUUCAUUUGCUGAAAAGCUUCAAAUCCAGAGAUGCACAAUCGGCAAAGAGCGACUUGAUCUUAGGUACAAUUGCUGGAUGUGUCAAUGUUCUUUUGACUACUCCAUUUUGGGUCACAAAUACUCGAUUGAAGAUGAACGGAAUUAACUGUACACUUCCAUAUAAUGAUCUCUUAUCUGGAUUAAAGCACAUUGCAAAGUAUGAAGGAAUUCAAGCACUUUGGUCAGGUACACAAGCAAGUUUAUUAUUGAGCAUAAAUCCAGCCAUUCAAUUCUCUGUAUACGAAGGAAUCAAAAGAUAUUUGACAAAAAUUUAUGGAGCUGAAAAACCAAGUGUUUUCUACUUUUUCUUCCUCGGUGCGCUCUCUAAGCUGAUAUCAACAUUUAUCACUUAUCCAUUGCAAUUAGUUCAAACAAAAUUAAGACAUGGCGAUAAGGAAAACCAGCACAAAGUAGGAACCAUGCAAAUGCUAGUGCAAAUACUGAAAGCUAAAGGCUUUAAAGGAUUGUAUUGUGGAUUAGAAGCAAAGAUCUGGCAAACAAUUCUUACUGCUGCAUUAAUGUUUAUGGCAUACGAAAAAAUUGCUCGUUUUGUCAAAUUCUUACUUCGAGCUACAGCACCUGCAUCUUCUUAGUGACUGGCUAUUUGACAUAUUCUUACAUUCCAAUCGAGUCUAGUCGAUUUCAUCUUACCGCAUUUUUUUUUUGAUAGGUUGACCCUACUUAUUCAUUUUAAAAUUCAUGACAAUUGAUAUUGUUGGUGAUAGUGUUUUUGUAAGGAAGCAGCUUUAAAUUAUUAUUAAUAAAAGAGUUAAGGAAUUGGGAAAAUUGAACUGGAC